UGAUCCCAUAGGUGCACCCAUGCUCGGCUGAGCCCGGCUCCUCUCCCAGAGACUCUGUGCCACCCCAGCCGCCCCCCCACCAUGAUAUUCCAGAGCUUUGAUCUGGUCUCUGCCUUGGCCACCCUGGCCGCCUGCCUGGUCUCAGUGGCCCUUCUCUUGGCCGUGUCCCAGCAGCUGUGGCAACUCCGAUGGGCAGCGACCCGGGACAAGAGCUGCAAGUUGCCCAUCCCCAAGGGCUCCAUGGGAUUCCCCCUGGUCGGAGAGACCUUCCACUGGAUCCUGCAGGGCUCAGAUUUCCAGUCCUCCAGGAGAGAGAAAUACGGAAAUGUCUUUAAGACCCACUUGUUGGGUCGCCCUCUGAUCAGGGUGACGGGAGCAGAGAACGUCAGGAAGAUUCUGAUGGGGGAGCAUCACUUGGUCAGCACGGAGUGGCCCCGAAGCACUAGGAUGUUACUGGGGCCCAACAGCUUGGCCAACUCCAUCGGCGAUAUCCACAGGCACAAGCGUAAGGUGUUCUCAAAAAUCUUUAGCCAUGAAGCACUGGAGAGCUACCUUCCAAAAAUACAGCUAGUCAUCCAGGACACCCUACGCGUUUGGAGCAGUAACCCAGAGUCCAUCAAUGUCUACUGCGAGGCACAAAAGUUGACCUUCCGUAUGGCCAUUCGAGUUCUCCUCGGCUUCAGGCUUUCUGAUGAGGAACUGAGCCAGCUCUUCCAAGUCUUUCAGCAGUUUGUGGAGAACGUCUUCUCAUUGCCGGUGGAUGUUCCUUUCAGCGGCUACCGGAGGGGCAUUCGAGCACGAGAGAUGCUACUGAAGAGCCUGGAGAAGGCAAUCCAAGAGAAACUGCAGAACACUCAGGGCAAAGAUUAUGCUGAUGCCUUGGACAUCCUGAUCGAGAGUGGGAAGGAACACGGGAAGGAGCUGACCAUGCAGGAGCUGAAGGAUGGCACGUUGGAACUGAUAUUUGCAGCUUAUGCCACGACUGCCAGUGCCAGCACAUCUCUCAUCAUGCAGUUGCUCAAACACCCGUCCGUGCUGGAGAAACUACGGGAAGAACUGCGAGGGAACAGCAUUCUGCACAACGGCUGUGUCUGUGAGGGUGCUCUGAGAGUGGAGACCAUUAGUUCCCUCCAUUACCUCGACUGCGUCAUUAAAGAGAUACUCCGCCUUUUCAGUCCGGUAUCCGGGGGUUACAGGACUGUGCUGCAGACCUUUGAGCUAGAUGGCUUCCAGAUUCCCAAAGGUUGGAGUGUUUUAUACAGCAUCAGGGACACUCAUGACACAGCUCCUGUGUUUAAGGAUGUUGACGUCUUUGAUCCAGAUCGCUUCGGUCAGGACCGCACAGAGGAUAAAGACGGCAGGUUCCACUACCUCCCAUUCGGUGGCGGGGUAAGAAAUUGUUUGGGCAAACACUUGGCCAAGCUCUUCUUGAAGGUCUUGGCAAUCGAGUUGGCCAGCAUGAGCAGGUUUGAGCUUGCCACCAGGACUUUUCCCAAAAUCAUGCCCGUUCCUGUGGUCCACCCAGCCGAUGAACUAAAAGUUAGAUUUUUUGGACUUGACUCCAAUCAGAACGAAAUAAUGACAGAGACAGAAGCAAUGCUGGGGGCAACUGUGUAGCACUCAUCCCACCUGCUUUAAAAAAAAACAAAUUCCAUUCGGGUGAAGGCAAAAUGGGAAAUAAGCACACAGACAAAUAUGCUAAAAAAAAAAAGUUAUAUCUACAAUACUAACUUACAAUACUCAGCCACCAGUCCAUGAAUCUUAUCUCUGUGGAACGCUUACGUAUAUUAACAUAUAUUCACCAAGAGACAAACUGGAUUUGUUGAUUUCAUUAGGAGUCUUGUUGCUGGAGAAGACCUGCUGAAGAGAUGACUCUUUUUGCCUAGCUGAUUGGCCAGAAUAUUGUGUAAUGGGGGCAGUUGUUGUUCUAAGGUGGUUCCAGCGAUAUAAAAGGCCUUCUUCUAGUAGAGGUAUCACAGUGUUACAUACAUCAGGGAUAACAGGUUGCCUGUUGUUUCUACGCCUGCCUUAUCUUACUUUAUCUAACAGCUUUGGGAAUUAAAUGUCUGUAUGACGGGUCGGUAAUCUGUGCGUGCUGCUGAAACGGUGCAAACAAGCCUAGAGUUUACACGUAGACCAUCCAAACCCAGCCUGCUCCGCUCGCUGCAAGCUGACCUUCAGUUUGAAAUGUUUCCAAAAUGGUUGACGCCACUUAUUUUUUCAGUGUCCGUAAAAGCAAAAGGGUUGGACCGAAUGAUCAAAUCAUGUCUAGGUUCAAUGUAGGUCUAGGUUCAAUCUAAUUCUACGGGCAACCAAACCAAAAGACAUUUUCCUGGAAUGAUGUUGGUGCUCACAAUUGAGAGAUGAUGUAGUUGUCCGGCAGAAUGGUCAAGCGGGUAAAGAUGAUUUCAUUGGUGCCGAGUUUUACAUUCCUUUGGCAGCAACUCAGCAGAAAGAGUUUGGCCAAUGACAAUCUUGAUGUUAUUUGGCAACAAAUUGCCUACAUACAUUCUGAAUUGGAUUGGACGAUGUUCUUGAUUGUUGGAUUUCGGUUGAAGGGCAAUCAUCCAAUUAAAAGUUUGGUCAAGUAUUGAAAUGAAUCCAAACCAGAAUUGUAUGAAACCCCACACAACUGCUGAACCCCCAAUCUAAUGGGGGUUUGGUGCAUCCCUUCUAGCUGUCAUAUACUGCCCAAGGAGGAACAUAUGAGUUCUUUUAUAUUUUCUACAAAAUAUUUAAUUGAUCAACUAGAAUGUUGUGCUCAUAUUGAAAAGAAUCCAGUUCGGAUUUCCAAAUUCAAAUUCAAGCAAAAAUCUCCACCCCCCCAAAAAACUUUUGAAUCCCCCAUCCAUUCUAAAUGUCACAUAUUGCCAAAAUUCAUAUAGAACUCUUUUUAUUUUUCAAGAAUAUUUACAUUUUUCAUCUAAAAUUGUAGCUAAAUAUUGAAUCAAGAAAAGAUUUCCAUGUUCAAAUUUGAGCAAAAUUCCCUCAAAACUGCCUAAAUUCAUAGGGAUUCAUCUGAUUUCAUUGAAUUUUCUUUUUAUAGUACUUUUUUCAUAUCGACCUUUUUGUUUCUUGUCUUUUUUGUUCAGAACCUUAUUUGUUCAUCUUCCAGUGUCAUCUGUAGUCAUUGACCCUAGUAUUGGGCAGGCUGAAAUUGAAAAAGUAAAUUAUUUAUGACCUUUGCUUAGCAGAAUUACAAACUGUCUUUCCCAUUGGAUGAAUAUCUGGGUCACAUUUUGGUUCUAAAUGGGUCCACAUUAGAUUUCAGUGAUAGGUACCAUGAAUCCAUGCCAAUAUAGGUAAACCCUGUACUAAGCACAAUUCAGCAGGAACAGCCCCCUAAGUUUGCUCAUAGCCUGUACAGAGAGAUACCAUAAAACUAUGGCACAUAGGGAUUCCCCUGUACUAAGCACAAUUCAGCAGGAACAGCCCCCUAAGUUUGCCCAUAGCCUGUACAGAGAGAUACCAUAAAACUAUGGCACAUAGGGAUUCCCCUGUACUAAGCACAAUUCAGCAGGAACAGCCCCCUAAGUUUGCUCAUAGCCUGUACAGAGAGAUACCAUAAAUCUAUGCCAACAUAGGGAUUCCCCUGUACAAAGCAUAGACAAUAUAGUAAGAAGGAUAUUUUUAUACCCCAUAAGUAUUUCAUAAGAGGGCAGUGCAUUGUAACACCAAUUACAUGGUAUAUACCCCUUUAUCCAAGAAAGUACCUUUCAGACGUCUUUUGUCAGAACUAGCUUGGAUUCCUUUCCUUGUGAAUAUUUUCUAACUAUAAAAUAGUACAAAAAAAAAGUAAGCUAUAAGUAAAAAUUCCCCAUGAUGAAUGGGAAUAAAAAUUAAGCAGUCACUGGAGUGCAAACAUUAUGCUACCCUGUGUAUUAUUUAUAUACUAUUUAUUUACUUUAUAGUAGAUGGGAGUCCUUGGUAGACUUACGUAUGUAUCUCUUGCCUCAAAGUAUGUUGCAUAUUGCUACUUGAUUAUAUUCCAGCAGCCUGGAGGAAUAUAACACAGUUAUUAGCAAUACAAUUAGGGCACCUAGCGAGCCUGCUGUAUGUUGUAUAUAAAGGCCCAGUGUUUGGAAGCAAGAGUAUGAAUUCACAAUGGCUCCAUUAGCUGGUGGAGAAAACUCCCACCCACCUUGAACCACCAAGGUACACCUGAUUGGCAGACUCAGAUACCAACCAGUAAAACUAUUGUGCAAAUUAUAUGUUUUUAUCAAGAACUCUUGACUGAAAAGUUGAAGUUGAAUACAUAUCGUAAGGACAAUCUUACAGUAUUCCGUAAUCAUGAUAUUAUGGUUUUCCAAGCGUCUUAUAACAAAUAAAUCAUUCUCAAAUGCUAAAGUGGGUUACAUCAAUUCUUGGACUAGUAAAUGUUGAGGGACAACCUAGCAGAAGCUCUCAAACAUCUGGCUAUGAGAACUUGGGGCCAUAAUGUAGGAAUGGGGCUCAUAUAUUCCAUUACUUUCCAUUCAAAACACUGAGAGUCUUAGCAAAUGGGUCAACAUUAUGACAACUAUAUUCCACAAUACCUUGUCAUUUAUUCCCUGGUGGAAUCAUGGUGGAACAAUAGCUGAUCAAGAUGGGUCAUACCACCCUGAAUCUGCUAAAAGUCUUGGUAAAUAAAUCAUUAUCACAUGCUAAAGUGGGUUACAUCAAUUCUUGGACAAGUAUGUUUUGAAGGACAACCUAGCAGAAACUCUCAAACAUCUGGCUAUGAGAACUUGGGACCAAAAUGUAGGAAUGAGGCUCAUGUAUUCCAUAACUUUCCAUUACACCCAUUUAGCAAAUGGGUGUAAGUCAACAUUAUGACAAUUAUGUUCCAUAAUAACUUGGUGGUGGAAUCGUGGUGGCAAGAUGGGUCAUACCACCCUGAAUCUGCUAAAAGUCUUGGUAAAUAAAUCAUUAUCUGAUUCUAUAGUGGGUUACAUCAAUUCUUGGGCAAGUACGUUUUGAGGGACAACCUAGCAGAAGCUCUCAAACAUCUGGCUAUGAGAACUUGGGACCAUAAAGUAGGAACAAGGCUCAUAUCUUCCAUAACUUUCCUUUAAUAACACUGAGAGUUUUAGAAAAUGGGUGUAAGUCAACAUUAUGACAAUUAUGUUCCACAAUAACUUGUUAUUUGGACCCUGGUGGAAUCAUGGUGGAACAAUAGCUGGGUGAUACCGCCCUAUAUCUGCUAAAAGUCUUGACAAAUAAAUCAUUAUCAGAUGCUAAUGUGGGUUACAUCAAUUCUUGGACAAGUACGUUUUGAAGGACAACCUAGCAGAAGCUCUCAAACAUCUGGCUAUGAGAACUUGGGACCAUAAUGUAGGAAUGAGACUCAUAUGUUCCAUAAUAACUUGGUGGUGGAACAAUAGCUGGUCAAGAUGGUUCAUACCACCCUGAAUCUGCUAAAAGUCUAAAAUAUAUAUUGAACCUACAUCGUAGGUGCUUCUGAAGCCAAUAGAUAUCAAAGCACGCAGGUCUUUCCCUUAAUAAAAUAAAAAAAUAUUUACUUAGCAGGGAACUGUCUCAGAAAUUCUCCCACACAACGCUUCAAACGCCAUUCCUUACCGUAUAACUUGAGUUGAAAAAAAAAGAAAGAAAAAAAAAAGAUAUAUAAAAGCGUCCUGCAAUAGAUUUGCAGAAAAAGCACUUUGAAUGUCAGAAUUUGUUUUAGUGCAGUCCCAUAUCGGACAAAUUCACUAUAUUAUUUUAUAUACGACCGUCGCUGAAAUUCAUUUGUUAUUUUUUUUUUUUGUUCGACUUUAUAGACGAUAGUAAGUGCUAUUUUUGUUAUAUUUCAAAUAGAUAUUUAGUAUAAAGUGUUUUUUUUUCUUUUGCUGUUAAAUAAUGUUAUUUAGUAAAAUAUGAAUUGUACUUUAUUUGUAAACAUGGUUCAAAUAUUAAUGUUUAUAUCGCUGUCAUUUGUAAUAUUAAGAGAAGCACUUGUGUUUUUUUUUCUCUUAUACAAUGGUGCCGCGUGGACGUCUUACUUUUUUCAAUAAUGUGGUUUAUGAUGUAUGUAUGUAAUGUUAUGUGUCCUAUAUUAAAUGAAUAUUGUGUAUUUUGAGAUAAUGAAAUACUCAAUAUGGCAAUUUUAUAGACUUCCAUAAUAAAAGGAAAAAAAAUAAAAAAA